AAUUAAAAAUCCCAAUAGCGGGAACAAGAAGGAAAACCGCCUUAACCUCGAAACUGUUUCCAGCCAAAUCAAAAAGUCAAAUGGAGCUUCAUUUUGAGUGCACAGAUUUGAGUAUCUGGAAAGAAGCUAUCUCCUCUUACAAAUCUCGAAUCGAAUCUCUAGACAAGCCGAACCUAGUUUCUCUCGACGAAUUUUACCGCAACGAACUUCCCCCUCUUCUCCACCAACGAAACCCUAACCCAUUCAUAACCACCUCCGAACUCUCCCGCCUCAUGCAAUGGAAGCUCACGCGCGGCAAAUGGAGGCCGCGUUUGUUAGAUUUCGUUUCCUCUUUGGACGACUCUUUAGUAAAAUCUGCUUCGCAGAAGGCUUUCCAAUCGCUUCCCGACAUCUCCAAAGCCGUCUCCGAGCUGACUGUUUUGAAAGGAGUCGGCCCCGCUACUGCCUCCGCUGUUCUCGCUGCUUACGCUCCUGAAACGGCGCCGUUUAUGUCCGACGAGGCUAUGGAGGCUGCUCUUGGAAACUCAAAAGAUUAUUCGUUAAAGCAGUAUUUGUUAUUUGUGGAUAAAAUACAGAGCAAAUCUAAGGAAUUAAGUUCAGAAGGGGACUCCUUCACGCCAUCAGAUGUGGAGAGGGCUCUGUGGAGUUCAGCUGUAGGGAUAAAGUUGCAAUCUUCACAAGCUGUUCUGGACAACAAGAUGAAGGGAAGCAACAAAAGAAAGAGAAGACAUUGAUUGAGUGAUGCACUGCAUGACGGAUUCCUUUUGUAAGUUCUAACUUGUCCAAUUUUUAGUCUUGUUUACUUCAUGCUUUCCCCUCCCCAUGUAAUUACUGUGCUGAUAAAAGAGGUCAUACCGACUAUUAAGCUGCUUUUGCAAGUUUAUAUAUUACCCUUAGCAAUAAUUCCAUGUCAGCAGAAAUAUUCUAUUGCUUUUGCUAACACUUCAUGAAUGUGACAUUGGUGCCUUUGUUAUA